CGAUAUUAUUGUGCAUGUGACUUUGCUUGGCCACUUCCGGGAGGUUUGUUUUGGUUUUGUACUCCGUGAAGCUGCAUUUACCGGUAUCAACACUAUCUCAGCCAUGCAGAACCUAGAGCGAAUUCCCGACUCUCUAGGAUAUCUAGUUAUAAGUGAGGACAAAGCAGUAGUUAGUUCUGGUGGUGAAUUAGAGAAUGAUGAAAAGACAGCAGCAUUGGUCUAUAAUCUUGUACAGAAAGCUUACAGGAUUCCAGUGAUGGGAGACAAAAGAGAUGGAUUUAAAAAAUUAACAAUAAACUGGGAUUCCUUCUUCUAUGCAAUAACUGUGUCUAAUAACAGGAUAUAUGUCUGUAAAAGACAGUACAACCCACAGGAACCCAUGGUUGCAUAGCAGUGACAAUAACGGUAGCAGUUACGAAAGGCACAAUAAUAACAAUAGCAUACUAUGAUGUGGAUUUUUGUCAGGAUACAAUGGCAGUGAACUGACAGUAAUAGAAGAUAUUAUAUAAACAACCAAUUCACAUAAGAUCAUUCAUGGUGACAGCAGAAAUGAGAUUAAAAGUGGAGAUGGUUGAAGAAAAUAAACAAAUUACAAUUAUUAUGAUGAAUAUGUGCUGAUAUGGCAAAACAUUCUCAAAACCAAUUGCCAAAUUUAUACUAAUAAUUAUAGUGAUACAGUGAGUUUCUGCAUUGUAGCUUUUACAUAGAUAUAAUAUCAACAAUCUGUGGUAUAAACACUGGCCCCUAACAAGAUGCCAGUAGGAUUGGAAUCCAACCAUAGAGAUUUUGUUAAUAUGUCCAGUAUCUGGCCACAAACUCCAUUUUGGAUCCUUAGGCCCUGGUAGCUGGCAGGGUCAGAAGGCUGAACAUUUUUGGCACUGACUGUAAAAUAAUGCUAUCUUUGAGUACAUUUUUUGAAGUACUUUUUCUAAUACCAGAACACCAACAGAAGACUGGAUAAAUGUAGACAGUGAAACUGAGGAUAUGCCUGGCAGCCAAAUUCAACAUACGUCAUGAAUUGUAACCAGUUCAUGGUAAAUGUCUGGUAAAUUGGAAUGAAAAUGAAUAAAACUAAGUUUUAUUUUUGAA